AUGACGGAGAGGCGGGCCGUACCGAGUGCUGUAGUGCUAGGAAGGUUGUUUGGGUCUUUGGAGAGUCUGGGUGUGGAGUGCGAUGUGAGCAAUGCCUUAUCGCACUUGAGGUCCGCAAAACGAGCUUUUCUAGAAGCUAGGCAUGAAAGUCAGGGUCAAAGGCAACAACAGACUCUAAUAAUAACAGAGUUCUGGCCGGUUGUGGUUCUGCCAUCUGAUUGUGCCGCUCCGAAUUAGUGCCGUAUUAUUAGUCUCUACACGAGGCGGCACUAAUGCGUAGGGUCGACUGUACUCCCGAUAUAGGACGCACAGGUGUCGUGUUAUGAGAACUCGUGACAACCGGGUUUGGAUGGCAAUAAACCGAGAGAAGCACUAUUCAGGAGGGCAAUAAAUCGUGACCCCCCCGUACAGAAA